AUGGCUUCGGAAUUCUUCGUUUCCCUUUGGGAAUCCAUCUUCACACCUGGUCCAACUCCCGUCCUCCUUGCUGCAACCAAUGCCACGUUCGCAGCCCUACAACUUGUGUUCUUGUCCCUCUUGAUCGCUACAUACAGUAUCCAUUUCGUGAUUCUAUCGUUCCUUUGUGGCGGGUUAUGGUGGGCUAUAAACUGGUUCGCCGCAGAGUUGAAGGCAGUGAAAGAGCAAGAGGAAGCACGAAAGAAGACAGAAGCGGGAGCUGGAGGAGACGCUAGUGAUACGGAUGUAGAGACCGUUGUUGAUGACGAUGGUCCGCCAGGAAGUAAGGAGGUCGAGGUCUUGGAAGCCAAGGGGGAGUUGAAGAGCAGAGCACAUUCUACGGGAGGAGGAAAUAGGAGUGAGCCCAGUACCGAGGAUGAGUGGGAGAAAGUUAGUGAGAAUGAAAAGGAUAAAUAA